AGAUCAAAGCGACAAUAACAACGCCAACGAUGACGACGAGCCUCCGGCCCAAGAGAUGGCCGAACUCGCGCUCCGAGUUUACUUGCCUGAGCGUCCCAAGCACCACAACUUUAAGUUCAUGACGCGCGUAGCUCGAGAAAUCAACCCCAACCAGCGAGCGCAGACCCUCGACGAGUACAACCUCCGAAAAGAGAGCAUUGCAUCGGCCAUAGACGACGACCGGAUCAAUUUCAUCGAGAUGACCAUCAAGGGGCUCCACAAAGACUUCGACUACUUCGAGGCCGAGUUCCCCAACUCUUCUAUCCUGGUCAACAAAGCCAUAUUCGAAGAUCUCGACAUGCAACUCGAUCGCUUGAUCGCAAUGCUCGAGCAGUUCAAGCGCCAGCACGAGGGCUUCAUCGAGCUGAACGAGGUUGCCCUCGAGUUCCGCGCUCAGAGGGAGGAUGCCAUGCACGAGCAACUGGACUCCUUCUGGCGUUUGCUGAAUUUCGUCAACGGUGAGAUCCAGAAGAAAUACAACACGGGAAUGCGAGGGGGGUUUUAAAGGGUUGGUGUUUCGUGGGUUGAUCUAUCUAAAUAGAUGAGAGGUGUUUCGGUAACUCAAUGAAAAAGGGGGCGUCGUCGGUAUUAAACUUGUCUUCUCCAUUCGAUAACGGGAUAUGUAUAAGCGGAGCAUACAGCGGAGUUAUAAAGCUGUCAUGUUGGAAAUGAGUUGCGUUAUAACAAGCAGCUUGUAUUGUAUUCACUACGUAGGUACUGAUA